AGAAAGAAGAGGGAAAGGUCGAGUAGGUAACAGCCACAAUCAGCGUUACCCCCCCCUCCCCACACAAACCAACCAACUUUCACCUCAUCAUCUCAUCAGCCACACUACGACAUUCUCUCUCGAUCACGGUGACUCUCACAACCGUUCACUGACUAACUAUCUUCCCCUUCUUUUGGUACGUGGAAUCCUUUUCUCCCCUUUGUACUCUCUGCAACCGUUCACCCUGUCAUUCGUCUUCCCUAACCGGUUCAAGGAACAUCUUCUCAACGCACAAUCAUCAUCAUGGAUCAGGCAAAGUUGGCUCGCAUGCAGGCUAGCGUGCGGAUUGGAGGCAAGGGCACUCCCCGCCGCAAGGUCAAGAAGGUCCACAAGUCCUCCGGCGCCGACGACAAGAAGCUCCAGGCUACCCUGAAGAAGAUGAACGUCCAGCCCAUCCAGGCCAUCGAGGAGGUCAACAUGUUCAAGGAAGACGGAAACGUCAUCCACUUCGGUGCUCCCAAGGUCCACGCCUCCGUCCCCUCCAACACCUUCGCUCUCUACGGUAACGGCGAAGAGAAGGAACUCACCGAGCUCGUCCCCGGUAUCCUGAACCAGCUUGGCCCCGACAGCCUCGCCUCCCUCCGCAAGCUCGCCGAGAGCUACCAGAACAUGCAGAAGAACCAGGCCGGUGCUGAGGGCAAGAAGGAUGAUGAUGAGGAUGAUAUCCCUGAUCUGGUUGAGGGCGAGAACUUCGAGAGCAAUGUCGAGUAAAUUCAUUACCCAUAUCAUAUCAUAUCAUGAGUUUUAAUUGAUUGAUAUAAAAAAUGUGAACAAAGACAUUAAAAAAGGGUUGUCAUCAUCUUUGUUUCUUCUCUUCUCUUCUCUUCUCUUUUCUUUCUUCACUAACUCUCACACUUCGCUUUUCGCUUUUCGCUCUUCGCUUUAAUGCUUUCUUGUUAUUCUUGAGGACUCUACUAUUCCGGUUCCUUUUGGUUCUUUGGAAUUGGGUUUUAGGGAUGGCAUUUAGGGGUUAUUGUGUUUUUGGGUUUGAGGAUUGCGAAAUGGUGCAAUGGGUGAAGAUGAUAGGAGGGGUCUUGUCUACA